CGGGCCUAGGCGCGCCGCGGGAGGGCAGGCGGCGCGGGGGAGGCACGGCCGGCAACUCGGCGCGGGGGGAGCCGGAGCGCAGGGCGUGGGGGCGGGGAGCAGGCGGCGCAGGAGGGCGCCCCGAGUCCCGGCGCCGGAGGAGCGGGACCCAGUCCGGGAGACGGCGCUCCUGGCCGCACCUGCACCCGGCAGGCUACCGGCCCUGCCCUGCCCCUGCCCGCGGCCUCGGUCCCGGCCCCGCACCGGGACGCAUGGAAGCCAUUCACCCACUAGCCGAGGAUCAGCUGAGGCCUGGGGCUGAUGCUCACCCACACUGCUGAGAAUGCCCCCGAGGCCCAGCCAGGCACUAGCCCAAAGGUGAUCCCGGGACACUCCUGGACAGUGAUCCUGAUGUCUGUUCUGAGCCACACACACAAGGGUGUGACAAAGUGUGAGCUGCCAUCAAGCUGGUGACACUGUCUCAUAUCCCUGUUCCCAGUCUUCACCCCCCUUCUCCUGGCCCCAGCCAGGACUUCCAGUUCUCCCAUUUGUCUCCGUGGACCAGGUGUGUUCCUCCGGCACAACCCCUCGAAAGUGACCUGACUUUGCCUAGCCAACGCUCAGCGCCAUGGCCUCCGCAGAGCCCCUGACGGCACUGUCUCGCUGGUACCUGUAUGCCAUCCACGGCUACUUCUGCGAGGUGAUGUUCACGGCGGCCUGGGAGUUUGUGGUGAACUUCAAUUGGAAGUUCCCGGGGGUCACGAGUGUGUGGGCGCUGUUCAUCUACGGCACCUCCAUCCUCAUCGUGGAGCGCAUGUACCUGCGCCUGCGGGGCCGCUGCCCGCUGCUGCUGCGCUGCCUCAUCUACACGCUCUGGACCUACCUGUGGGAGUUCACCACCGGCUUCAUCCUGCGCCAGUUCAACGCCUGCCCCUGGGACUACUCGCAGUUCGACUUUGAUUUCAUGGGCCUCAUCACCCUGGAGUACGCAGUGCCCUGGUUCUGCGGGGCCCUCAUCGUGGAGCAGUUCGUCAUCCGCAACACCCUCCGCCUCCGCUUUGACAAGGACGCCGAGCCCGGGGAGCCCGGCGGCCCCCUGGCUCUAGCCAAUGGCCAUGUCAAGACUGACUGAGCUGGGGCUGGGGGCUGGGGGCUGAGGGGUGGGCCCGGGGGUCCCUCAUGGACCCUGUGGACAAAGGUACUGGGCCGGUGGGGUUGCCCCUCUGUACAGCACAAGCCCUGACCCCGGCCGGCUCAGCCCUGCAGGGCACACGCGGCCCCCAGACCCUCCACUGCGGGGCGGGUGUUGGGGGCGGGGC